AUGGAGAAGUACUCUAACUUCUGUGACCCCACUACAGGCAUCAAUCCUUACACCCGAGAUAUCAAAAGACACAUCACUUUACUUUCCCUCUUCACUACUCCAAUUUUAGUUACCGUACUUAUGCACUUACCCCGUUUUCUUUGGCAACUAUUUACUGGAGGACUUCUAACUAUUACGCCAUCACCGAGUUUAGCUAAAGCCCGGACUCGUGGCGUAUCUGUCUUUGCCUGUACUUACACCUCUCUUUUUGAUACGCAUGCUUUGUUCGCCCUUUUCAAACACCCGCGUAUUUACUUACUGACUACUACAGCUACCUAUACAGUCUCACGAUUUAACGUCUUAACUAAAACACCCAUGCCUCGACUUGAAUCGGCUACUCCUGAAGCACCAAUCAUUCUCUUCCUUUCCGGCGGUCUAACUAACGGCCGUAUUCUCCUAGAUACACCCACCCGAUCUAUGUCCUACUUAAGUCUAACCCAUACACCUCCACCAACGGAUAUUAAUCUAUUCUCUCAAGUAACUCCACAGUUUUAUUCAUUAUUACCAGCUUUAGCUUACCACUUUGUUUAUUGUGCCAUCUUUAAGAACCCACGAGUAGUUCCUAAAUGGGCCGAAACACUACCAGAUCUAGCCGAUAUAACCGGUCUAGAUAUUGCCAAAGGCUUCACUAAUGAAACAACUGCCCAGUUUCUAAGCCGUCUUAGGCAAUGA